AUGGGCGAUAGUGUUGGUAGAACUAUGACGAGAUCCUUGCGAAGCAAUCGAAAUGGGUUACGCCGUGAUUACAGAGAGAAGGAGGAAUCCGAUCUGAGAGCUGAUGUGAAUGAAACUGACAGUGAUACUGAGGAUACGGGUGGUAAGAGUGAUACAGAACCCAUUUGGUUGAAGGAUGAAGUUAAAGAUGAUUCUGAUGUAGCUUUAGACUCUGAUGAAGAGAGCGAUGAGAGACAGUUAAAUGAGUUACUGCGAAAUUCGCAGUCUGAAUUACAACAGAAAGCAGAUGAUGAGGAUGAUGAGGACGAUAACCUUGAUGAAGUGGAUAAGCAGACUGUGUCGUUGAAGUUGAAGAAACUUAAUGAGUUUGUGAAACAGAGUCAAGUGUACUCGGGUGUUAUCGCUGACACGCUUCUUGAAAGGUCAAUGCAAAAACAGGAGGAUCAGAAGGCCCAAGAACCACCUGCAAAGAAGCAGAAGAAAGGUGCAAGGUCAAUUGUUGAUUUUUUCAAACGGAAGGGUGAGGAAAAGGAUGAACAGAACGUAUCUGAUGUUAUGGAUGAUAAAACCAUUGCUGAGCAACAACCAGCUUUGCUUAAGAAUUGUGUUUUGAAAGGUUACCAAUUGGAGGGUUUAAACUGGCUCAUUACGCUUUAUGAAAACGGACUGAAUGGUAUCUUGGCAGACGAUAUGGGCCUUGGUAAGACAAUACAGAGUAUUGCACUAUUGGCUUUUAUCUAUGAGAUGGACACAAAAGGACCAUUCCUGAUUGCUGCUCCUCUCAGUACUGUAGACAACUGGAUGAAUGAGUUUGAAAAGUUUGCUCCUGAUCUACCGGUCCUCAAGUACUAUCAUCAGGGAGGUUAUAAGGAAAGAUCUAAGUUGCUGAGGAAAUUCUUCAAGAAUACAAAGGGGACGGGUGUGGUUGUGACGUCUUAUGAAAUGAUAAUACGGGACUCGGAUCAGAUAAUGUCAAAACAGUGGAAGUUUCUGAUUGUUGAUGAAGGACAUCGUUUAAAGAACAUCAAUUGUAAGUUAAUCCAGGAGUUGAAAAGGAUCAACACGACAAAUAGAUUGCUUUUAACAGGGACACCGCUACAAAACAAUUUGGGUGAAUUGUGGUCAUUGCUUAACUUUAUAAUGCCAGAGAUUUUUGCAGAUUUUGAGAUCUUUAACAAAUGGUUCAACUUUGAAGAUCUCGAUCUGCAAAGUGACUCUUCCAAAUUGAAUCGAGUCAUCAACGAUGAGUUGGAGAAAAAUUUGAUCUCUAAUUUGCACACUAUCUUGAAACCCUUCUUAUUGAGGAGGUUGAAGAAGACCGUACUGGCUGGAAUUCUUCCGCCAAAAAGAGAAUACAUUAUAGAUUGCCCUCUCACUCCAAUGCAAAACAAACUUUAUAGGAUGGGUUUAAGUGGGAAAUUGAAGAAGACUAUUUUCAAAGAGCUCAUCAAGCAUUUCUUCACUUUAAAUUCCAGAUACAUUGGAAAUGUAUCUAAUAAAUCAAUACGAGACUACAUCAACUAUAAACUGGGUGAUCAAGCAGUCGAUGGACCCCCUAGUGAUAUACUAAAAAAGAUGGAUAUAUUGUAUGAUGAGCACUUACACAAGGAAUGCACAAGCAUUAAAUUACAGAACAUGAUGAUGCAGCUACGACAAAUUGUCGACUCGACCUUCCUAUUCUAUUUUCCCUACAUGCAACCUGAAGAUCUGACUCUGGAGAUGCUCCUAAGCACUUCAGGGAAAUUACAAGUCCUGCAAAAACUUUUACCACCAUUAAUCAAAAAAGGCCACAAGGUGUUAAUAUUCUCGCAAUUUAUCAAAAUGCUGGAUCUGAUUGAAGACUGGUGUGAAUUGAACUCUUUAAAUGCUUUGAGGAUCGACGGAUCUGUCGAUAAUGAAACCCGUAAAGCACAAAUCUCGCAGUUUAACAGCCCAAAAGAUCAAACAAACGUUUUCUUACUGUCCACCAGAGCUGCAGGACUUGGUAUCAACCUAGCUGUUGCAGAUACCGUUGUCUUAUUCGACAGCGACUGGAACCCUCAAGUAGAUCUCCAGGCGAUGGACCGAUGCCACCGUAUAGGCCAAGUAAGACCUGUCAUAGUCUACCGACUAUGUUGCGACAAUACUGUGGAACAUAUCAUUCUCACAAGAGCCGCAAGCAAGAGGCGUUUAGAGAAAUUAGUGAUCCAAAUGGGCCAAUUCAACACUCUACGUAAAUUGGCCCUUAACGAGAAAUCCUUCUUACAACAAUCGUCCACUAAUACCCAUGGAUCAAGAGCCACAAAUAAGGAACUUUUUCAAGAACUUUCACAGCUUCUAUUAAGCGGUGAGUCCAGCAUCGGAUUCAACAGGAAUCGCAAGAAUAAGGACCAAGAUAAUGGCCAAUUGACGUCCCAGGAACUUGCGGAGCUCACAGAUCGUUCGGCCAAGGCCUACGAAGCUAAUAGGACUGUCGAACUACCGCACGUUAGGCUCUUUGAGACUUCCACGGGUCAACUAUGA